ACGUCAACCGACACACGCUCCACUCAUUCAAUUUUCUAAAAGCCUACGAGGCAGAGGAUUUUAUUAGGAUUAUUCUUUCUUCUUAUAAACUGGUCAAAAAUUUCCGAAAAAUUUUCAAAUAUUUCUUUGCAGAAUGCAUAAAUUUCUACUAUUAAUGACUGGGAUUUUAUGUAGCAUCAGUAAAUGCCUAACAGACGAUGAAAGUAGUGCUCGGUUAUUAGUUUCUAAACAAAUUUUAAAUAAAUAUUUAGUGGAACAAAGUGAUUUACUUGUACGCUACACUAUUUAUAAUGUAGGCAACGGUGCUGCGACUAAUGUAAAAUUGGUUGAUAAUGGUUUUCAUCCCGAGGCAUUUGAAAUCGUGGGUGGCCAACCCACCGCCACAGUAGAACGUAUAGCGCCUCAAGCUAACUACACCCAUGUGCUUGUGGUGCGUCCCAAGUCCUAUGGAUAUUUCAACUUUACUGCUGCCGAAAUUACUUAUAAACCAAUAGAGGAAGCUGAAAAGCUACAGUUAACAAUCAGCUCUGAACCCGGAGAAGGUGGCAUUGUAAACUUGGGUGAAUUUAAUAAGCGGUUUUCUUCUCAUUUCUUUGAUUGGUUUGCCUUUGCAAUUAUGUCUCUCCCUUCGUUGGUAAUACCGCUAGCCUUAUGGCAUUCAUCCAAAAGUAAAUACGAACGUUACGGCAAAAAUAAAAAACAUUAAGAUCUCCAAUAUGUUCGAUUGAUAUCGUUACACGGAAGGAGGACUUUAGCAAAAAUCGUUUUAGAUUUAACGCCGAAAAGAAAGGAGAUAACAUACUCUACGUUUACAAUUUUCUUUCAUAGUUGUUUAACUCAUCGACCUUUUAAUAACGAGUUUUGCACUGCUGGAGAAUCACCUAUAGAUAAAUUCAACGCAUAUGCUUACAUUUUUUAGACUACAUACAACAUGUCAUCAUGUGAGAUUUUUUUUAAAUAAAAAUUUAUUAAAAAAA